GGAAGAUGGAAAAGGAUACUUGCCCCCUAUCAAACAACUUUCCAGAAAUAAUUCUACACUUUGUCAAUGAUUACUAAUUACGCUUCCAAAAGGGUCUUUCCUAAAUUUUGUCCUGAAAAGAUACGACAAUAAUCCUAGAAACUUUUCAAAUAAACACAAUUUUUUGGUUAACUCACAAGAGCAAUUUCUUUUUCAGUACAUGAAAUUCAGAAUAUGUUUCUGUUGAAUUUGAAAGAAUUUUUGUUACAAAAAAAUAUUGCAAAAGCUUGGUGCAGGAAGAGAAAAAGUUCAGAUCGAUGGUUUGUACUUCAUCCAAAUACAAUUCAACCCCCCCCCCCUCACCUGGGAUAAUGGCUUUGUAAAAUAAGUGAAUUCCAUCUUUCCUCAUUUUUCCUCCAUCCCUUAAACCUAAUUUUUAUCACAAUAAUUUCCUUUUAAUUAGAUUUAAAAAUUUGACAUUUGUAAAACUUUCUUUUAUAUAAAUUGAAUAGAAAAAAAUCUGAAGGCUAAAAAAGCAAUAAGAUUUCAAUAAACGAUUGAACAAAAUUUAAUCGAAGUCUCUGUUAGUGUGAUCGCUUGAAAGUGCUGAUAAAGCCUUAGGGUUUUGAAGAUAUGAUUUAAUAUUUUUUUUCUUUGAUUAUAUAAACAAAAUAAAGUUCAACAACAGUUAAUACGCAAAACAUAAAUCAAUGCAUUUCAAUACAAAAAUAUUCAUCAUCAACUGUUUACACAUAAGAUUAUCAAGAAACAGACUUCGAUUGGAUUUAAAAGUGCCUAUUUAUUUAAACUUCUUCAAAAUUUGGAAGUUGCGCAAUUUAAUAAAUCAAUCGAUUUGCAGCAAAUGACUAGAUGCAAUUAGAAUCUUAAAUAACAACAGAUCCUUCCAGUUACUAAAGCAAAACUCUUAUUUUAAUGUAUGUUUGUGUUAUUAUAUUCUUAUUAUUCUAAGCAACAAGAACUUCUGCAGGUUGAUUUAGUAAUUAAAUUUCGGCAAAAAUAUUAAGGAAUUGCAUCUGAAAAAUCUUUAAUAACAACAGUGUUUUCAACAGUGUUAAACAAAUGCAAAUUUUAUGAAUUUAAUGAUAAAUUCCGAUGUUGUCACACCUUAAAAACAGAUUCCAAUUUCAAUUAAUGGCAAUUUUAGAAUCAAUUGAUGGUCAGUGCAAAGUGUGUUUAAAGUUGGUAAGAAGCGAGCUGUUUUCUUCCAGCAUAAGGUUAAAAGACAAAGUUGUCUGGUUUCCCAAUCAAAGAAGAUGCAUUUUCAAAUUCUGUUGCUGCUUGUGAUUUCUGUAAAUAUAAAUGGAGAAAUACUUCGUCUGCCAUGCAAGAUCUUUGCCAAUUUUACUGCUGUGCUUCAUGAUCAUUCACUUAGUUCUACAUUUCGUUCUUUGGACAACUUGGAUGAGCAGAUGUGUAAGUUUGAAUGCAUCAUGGAGCAUCGAUGCAAGUCUAUAAAUUUAAACAGAGAGUUGGGUAUUUGCCAGUUGAAUAGCAAAUCAGCACAGGAUCCAAAAGAUUUCAUUGAAACGCAAAAAAAGGAGGGUUGGACAUAUUAUUCAACCCGUUUUGAAGAGAAAAAUGUUGGUCAGUAUUGCCAAGCAAAUGAUCCUUGCAGCGCCGGACAUAAAUGCAUUGACACUUGCUACUGCCCAGGGUAUAAAUGCAUUGCAAAGAAUAUCGCCUAUAAGAAGCCAUCUUCCCAUUCAUCAACCCGUACAUAUGACGGAACAGAAUAUGUGGCAAGCUUUGGAAAUGAUGGUGACAGAACGGCAGAGUGGCAGAGAUGUAGUUUAACCAGUUAUGAAGAGCAGCCCUGGUGGCAAGUGGAUCUUAAAGAAAUAGCCGCUGUCACACAUGUUCGGAUAACAAAUUCUGUAGCCAGGCCCACAUAUGAUAUAAACCCAUUCAAUGUUAGCGUUGGGGAGGAUAGUUCAAACGGGGGAAGAAACAAUGCGCUUUGUGUCAAUAAUGGAAUGUUGGCUAGCGGCGAGAUGAAAACUUUUUAUUGUCCAAAGCUGACGAUGGGUCGCUACGUGAGUGUGUUUUUGAACAGGAAAGAAUUUCUUCAAGUAUGCGAGCUUGAGGUUUAUGAAGCGGAGAAUUUGGCAUAUAAAAAGCCGUCCUUACAUUCAUCAUCAACCACAGCAAAUGGAAUCACAUUUGUUGCCAGCUUUGGAAAUGAUGGUAACAAAACUGGAGACUGGCAGCGAUGCAGUAUCACAAAAACUGACAUAUUACCCUGGUGGCAAGUGGAUCUUACAAGGCAAGCUGCGGUCGCAAGUGUCCAAAUAAGAAAUGGCGCUACUUGGGGUCAAGAAAAAAUCAAUCCAUUCGAUGUCAGUGUUGGGGAUGAUAGAUCAAGUGGCGGGCGCAACAAUGCGCUUUGUGUGAAAGAUGGAACGUUGGCAAGUGGUGAAUUGAAAAAGUUCGAUUGUUCACUGGUCCUGAUGGGUCGUUACGUCAGUAUCUUUUUGAACAGGCAAGAAAAUCUUCAAGUAUGCGAGGUUGAGGUUUAUGAAGGUAUGAGUAUUCACAGCAAAAUUGACUCCUUUAAUGUUGGUCAGUAAAUGUAAAUGUAACUUGCAUCUUGCUCAUUGGGCCAUUACUUUUCAUAAAGCAACUGAUUUCUUGGCUUUAACUACUUUUGGCAUUUCAUCGACUAAACCAAACAGAAUGGGGUCACAAUAAUACAAGCAAACAAUGUGAAAAAUGUAUUAAACUGUAGAGAAACAUCUAAAGAGAAAAAAUGCAUAGGCCAAUUUGCACGGAGGUCUUUUAAGACCAAAAGCAAUGUCGAAGAGAACUCUUUUUGCGAGAUGGCUUCCGAUGGUCCCGAAAAGGUAAGCUGUUCAUGAAAUAGAUCUAAAAAAUGAUUCUAAGCGGCUUUAGUGGAGGAAAUGGCAGUUUAGAGAAGAUUUUAUUAUCAAAACCCGUUUUCUUGAAAAUGGGUCCAGACAUUUUGGUGUUGUAAGUCAAGGAUAUAUAAGCCAUUGACAUUGUCUAGUACAACUUUUGAUUGUAUAGAUAUGUACUGUCAUAGAGAUGUGCUUAAUGAGUAUACCUCAUUUAAAUUUAUGAGUAUAUUUUCUUUUAUUUUUGAGACUAAGAUUAUUCUCAAAUUACUUUUUAGCGACGAAAGGUGAAACUGAUUUGCAUUAUAAUGUUAAUGUCUCUAAGGCCAAAUACGUCUUUUUCAAAAUAUAUAUCGUGAAAAUUACAUUUGUUCUGCUUUCCAAAACACUAAAAUAAACACUAUAUUCAAUUUUUUUUAAUCUUGAUUCUUUGAUUGUUUUUACAUUAUUUUUAAAUUUCAGAGAUUUAAAUUGAGCAUUAAUUUUCUUAUAAACCUUAUUCUCAAAAAAGUGUGUAGCCUGAAUAUAAUUCUAUGUUGAAUUUUCAUGAAGUUAAAAAGCUAAGAGUUUCUGCACAUUAUUCUGUUAAUAGAAAUUAUAUUUUUGAAACAAGUAAAAAGAGGCUUGAUAUUUAUUCUGUCAUUUUGUGAUAUCAAAAGUUUAUUUUAACAUGAACUUUCCAUUUUAGAUGAAUUCUGAAACAAAGCUUGAUAAAUCUAUAUUUAUUCUCCACUUUCUGGCAAGCACGAAUGCAUUGGAAGAGAAAUGUAAUAUAUCUGCUACAAUCAGCAAAAGAGGACAUUAAAAAUGCACAAAGAUUUCAUGUUAUAUGUUUGAAUUUUCUGUACCGCAAAGUUUGGAAAUGGCAUGAAAUAUUGUAAACAUAGCACGCUGAGGUACCUUUCGUCUGACACUCUUCACCCAAAUAGACAAUAGUGACAGUUUGCACUAAAUCUUAACUUGCUGCAUCUCGCCCUUAAAAUUUUGAUGGAAAUGAGCCAUCGUCUUUUCAUCUAGGUGUUUUGGAAUCAAAGCAAAAGGAUCCCAGCUUGUUUCGACAGCAAAAGUUCGCUAUCUCUUUUUGGCAAUUCA